AGUUCGGUCGCAUAUUCACUUUGAUAGCGCGUUGACUUCGUAUGAUCGCCAAUUGUACUUUUAUAAGUAUUGUUCGAACAUAUAAUUUGACUGCUACUUUUUUAUUUCACUUGUGUGAGUUAAAAUACAGCCCUCAAUAUGUUGAUUAAAGUUAAGACCCUCACAGGCAAAGAAAUAGAAAUCGACAUCGAGCCUACAGACAAGGUGGAGAGAAUCAAAGAGAGGGUGGAGGAAAAAGAGGGGAUCCCACCACAACAGCAAAGACUGAUCUACAGUGGAAAACAAAUGAAUGAUGAGAAAACCGCUGCCGACUACAAGAUUCAGGGAGGAUCUGUUCUGCAUUUAGUUCUGGCUCUGAGAGGAGGGGGAAGACCAUAAUCUGUGUUGUUGCGCUUGGGCUUGUAC